AUGGGGACAUUUCUAGGACAUAUUUAUCCGGGACUUCUCGUAGUAAUCAUCGGAUUACGUAAUCUAUGGAUAAACUUGAGAUCAUUUUAUACUGAAGAGUGUAAUCAUAAUGGAAAGAAUGAUUGUCGAAAUCCCUAUGAUUUCAAGAGUAAUCUAAAAGAAUCCAUAUUCUAUAUUAUAACUGGGAUAAUAUGUUCUGGGAAUGAAAUAAUAACUGUUUUAAUGUACGAUGGAUAUUAUUUUGGAGGGCAUAGUUAUCAACAUAUGACAAUAUUUAUUGUGAUAUUACUUUAUGGUGUGAUUCGAAUUAUUCUGUCCUACAAAUUACCUCAUUUAUUCAAGCAGAUUUGUGAUUUAUUUUACCUUAUGAUGGGAUGUGCUGUAUACUUUUUACUGAUGUUUCAUCUACAUAAACGAGCUCCAUUCGAUACACAUGUGCAUAUUAUUUUGGUUCAUACAAUAUUAUUUACAAUUAUAUCACAUAUUGCACAGAUUAUUUCCAAUUCUAAUCCAAUCUUCAGUUUGAUGCAUAAUUUUUGUUUCAUAUUAAUUGGUUCGUGGCUUUGUCAUAUUGGAUUAUACCUUUUUUCACCAUGGAGUAUGUAUUAUUAUUGUGAUCGGCAAGGAUUUGAAGAUAAUCUAAUUACCACAAAUUCAUCUCAUAAACAAUCACAUGAUCUAUACAAUCACAUUCUAGUGUGCAUUCUAGCUGAACCAGAUGCUCCACUGCUAGGUCUGCAUUCAUUUGUUAUGCCAUUAAGAGCAAGCAAUUUCCAUCCUAAUCAAUUAAGAACUAUUCUGUUUCUAGGUGAUAUAAAAUUUCUACAAAGAGAGUGGUCGAAUAUAGCGAAUUUCCCAAAAGUUUACACACUUGCCGGUAGUGCAUUAUCUAGAGCUGAUCUACGAGCUGCACGCAUACAAUAUUCAUCAGUUUGCGUCAUAUUAGGAUCAAGAGGUACAGUGAAGGUUGACGACCCAUAUAUGUUGGAUAAGGAGGUGAUCUUGUGCACAUUGAAUAUUAGAGCAAUGCAAUUUUCUCCUUAUCAUCGUCAUAAAACAUUUGUACAUAAUGUUCAUAAACGUCGGAGCGGUUCAGAGAUUCCAUUGAUUACAGAAUUAAUGACAGACAAUAACAUACACUACUUAGAUCCAGAUCAUUCAGGUGGAUUACAGAUCGCGGCUUCAUUAACUGCACCAUUUGCUAAAGGCAUAGCAUUCACAAAUUCUGUUCUUGAUGUGUUGGCAAGUACAGCCUAUUUUGAUCGUAAUUCAAUGACACUAAUACGUCAUCUUGUGACUGAUGAUGCAAUCAGUGAGAGUUCAAGGGAAACAAAUAGGACUCAUACCGGGCUGACCAAUGGGUGCACUGUUGUUGUAACACCUGUCGGCGCCAUCUUCAGACAUCCACUUUCGGGUUUUGGUGUUGUCAGUAUAUUUGACCAAAAUGAAUAUCUUGCAUACUAUAGUAUGUGA